CAUUGUUCAUCAACGAGACUUGCAACAGGGUCGCAUUCAGUCCUGACAUUAGUGCAGAGACCUCUGAAGGAGUAUAGAAUCUUAUCCAGCACAUGCGGGGAUCCAAACUCAUUCACUCCCCAUUGUAACCGCUACCUGUCGAUUCGUUCAAUAUUGGAGCUGGCGCGCGACGCGACUGGCUUUCGACUUCAUAAUCUUGGCAGAUCCCUGGAAUGAUGUGUUGAGAUGUCCCUGCGGGCGGGAGACCAAUGUCUGGGAUGAUAGUCUCUAGGCCCAUGCAAGAGGCUGUACCGAGCAAGAACAAUCCUUUCGCGAGGCCUGUGCUGCGGCAUGAACCAUCGAGUUUCAAGCGGGCUUCGCUGCUGCCUUGUCGAGGUCAGGAAGAAGUCCUGCCUGUGAAUGUGUUAUCGACCCCUGGGAACCAAUCUACCAGCAGACACAUCAGCACUUCUGGUGCCAGUGGUGGACUUCAUGGAGUCGCGAGACAAAAUUGGCGUCUGCUAUGGCGCGGCGGGCUGGAAGUCGGUCCUGAAGGUUGGCGCCUGGAAGGUGUGACGUUCUUUGCCCUGCUCUUCUUCCCUCCGCCUACUCCAUCCACGCACGCCACGUCCAAUCCCUUCGACGCUCCUGUUCAGCCCUCAUCUCAAGCUGGACCAUCUUCCUCGCCUUUCCCAUCAGUCCUCUCUGGCGAUACAGAUCUGUGCCUCUCACUCGAGAGUAUGCGUGGAAGAAAGUAUCUCCAAGUCAGGGGCGUCGUGGAUCUACCAGCAGAUGAGAUUCUCGACGCGGGUGAAGAAUCAGGCACAGUGCAAAUGUCGAUCAGCCCCAAUGCUCCUCUUUUGGCGACGUAUUUCACAGGAUUGUUAUGCCGUGCCCGCAAUCUUUCGCCUCAAGGCAGGACUCUGAGCGCCGUGCACAUUGGUUUAGGCGAUGAAAGUCUGGAAUCCAGCGGAUCCGGAAUCCUCAUUUACGGCCAAUUGGGCUCGGAUCAGGAUGUGUCGUCCCUCAAGCUAUGUGUCGGACGACGCAAAACGAAACAGCUGCAGCCAAGCGAGAAAAAAAUCAGACCAGGAGAACCGCUACCUCGAGGCAAGUCGAAAUUCCAUAGGGCCCGCUCAUCGUCUCAGCGCCACUUUUCUUUCCGACACAAGGGCCCAAGAAGCCUCCUCCGCCGUUUCCGAGACGAGCACAAUCCUCAUCGAGAGCGUUUCUGCGAGCUCCAUCUAGCAACUCAAUUUAUUCGCAUCCUCAGAGCGUUCGCCAAUCAUCCCUUCAACCACCAGAUUUACCAGUCAUAAGGCCGACCGAAAAAGGAGCCCGUCUCAACGGAGAUGAGAGCGAGCUUUUGAAGAAGGCUUCAAGGGGACCGGCAUCUAAUAGCACAGCAUCGGACCGACCACAGACCGCAAAGCGUCCCAUAUCUCUAAACCAUGACACUGGCGAAAACACUCAAUUGGCUG